AUGGAUGACGAUAGCGCAAGUCUUCCGUCCACGCUAGCAAUCGCCGAACGAAUUCCACCGGGUACUCGCGCCCCAAAUGAUAUAUACGGGCAACAAAGUAAAAUGAUUCGGUGCUAUGUGAUACAUCAGCUAGUAUGGCAUUGCAUCUACGGAUUGCCAGAGGGAACGAAACCAACAGUAUGGCAAAGAUUUCCUCCUGCUCAACCGCCUGGACAAGGCAUACCACUCAAAAAGUGCCCCAUUUAUGUGAGCGAGGAAUCACCGUACCGUUUUGUCCCACCAAUACCGCGUCAUGACGAUUUACCGCUCGGAUGGUUUAUGCUGCAGGAUUUGGUGCAUGUGCUACCACUGUCAAUUUAUGUGCUCUAUGUUAACAUGAAAAGUCCGUUGGAGCAUAUUUUACUUUUCUUGUGUGGUCUUGGAUUGGCACGAGUGGGACCACCUGUUGAUCCGAAAAAACCACAUGGUGUUGAAGUGGUG